AACAUCUCUAUUUCUUACUGUUUUCUUCUUUCUUUCAGUCACCGCGCUUUCUCCCCUUCUUCCCCUCCUCGUCUCUCAACAGUUCCCGUCGCCGCCACCGCCGUCCUCCCCUUCUCCACUCUAUUGCUGUCAUCGUAGCCCUCAAAGACCAGUUGGAAUCCACUGUCUAUUUCUACUGACUUGCGGGUUUUCAAUUUAUGGUUUUGCGAAGACAAACGAUUUCAAGGACUUUGGCGUUACUUUGAACCAUCAAAAGAUAUUUAAAUAAUGAACAAGAAGACAGAGGAGUGGCAAAUUGUACACAUUCCUGAGAAGCCACCUAUCCCUCCUAACCAGCAACCCACUGUGAAUGCAUUUGCCUCUCUGAUCGAGCCUAAGGUUGCAAACACUCUGAUAAGGCAGCUAAACAAGAUUUCUCCACUUGAAAAUCUUCGCCAUGUGAAGCGUAUACAAAAGAGGAAUGUUGAAGGGAAAAAUCAGCUGUCAGUGAUCUUGUGCCUAGCUUCUGAGGAUGACAAUCAGUCCAACAACAUGCGUCAGGAUGUACAAGAGCUAAUUAAUUCUUACCAGUUGAGUCCUUUUAUCACAAAAAUUUGCAAAUAUGCUGCAACAUCUCGAGAAGAAUGGGAAGAACAAUGCAAGUUUUGGCCAACAUCAUUUCAUCCACUAACCUACAAUAUUGAUGGCAUUGCUGGAUUUGAUGAAGAGGACUCACAAUCAGUUUUCAACUUCAUGAAAGUGGCUAUUGACUUAGCGAAAUCUGGCGAUGGUUCGGUAGUCAAUGCUGCAGUUAUUGUGGAUCCUUCAGUUCAGCAGAUUAUUGCAAGUGGAUGUGAUAAAAUCUUUUCAUGGCAUGUUCCCACAAAUAAUUCCCACACUGAGAAUGGCCACUUCAAACAGCCACCCCCUUUUACUUCUAUCCCGGAUUCCUAUGCAGUAGCAAGUCAUAUACCCAUGUUUCCUAAGAAUUUGCAUGAUAGACCUGAAAGAUUAGAUUUUUCUGUUUCUUGUUUAAACCCUUGGCAGUGGUCUGGGCAACAAUUGGACAUGACAAGUUCUUGUUAUUGUCACCCUUUACAACAUGCUUGUGUUGUUGCUAUUGCAUCUUCUGCUGAGAGGGAUAGACUUAUGUUCCCUGGUUUGGAUCAUACUGGGGAGAAGUAUUUGGAAGCAGAACUUAUGCAGUCCUCCAGUGCAGGUUCUCCAGCAAAAAGACAAAAGACCAACCUUGCUAAUGUUGAGGAUGUGAAGGAAUUGGAUUCUCGUAUUAAAGACACGGGGAGACCCUAUCUAUGCACCGGUUACGACAUCUAUAUGGUUUGGGAGCCAUGUACUAUGUGUGCAAUGGCGCUUGUUCAUCAAAGAAUUAGGCGUAUAUUUUUUGCUUUCCCCAAUCCAAAUGCUGGUGCAUUAGGCAGUGUUUAUAGACUACAGGGAGAGAAAAGCUUGAAUCAUCAUUAUGCUGUUUUCAGAGUAGUUCUGCCUGAAGAGGUUCUUAAUAUGGCAGAAUCAGAUGAAAGGGUUGAUGAUGCUGACUAAAUCGCAACUUCAGCUUGUUAACAAGUUUUUCUUUUUCCUUCAAUUUUAGCAUGCAGUUUUGGUAGAGAUGCAUCAUUGGAACCCUUGUAGCGAUAUCGUAUUGCAAUUCUGAAAGCAUUGCUGAUCAUUUUUAAA